AUGCAGAAACUCUAUUCUUACCCCGUCAAUGACCAGCAGUGGACUAAGUUACAAAUUGUUCAUGUUUCUCCACGGUCAUGCAACAAUGCAGGUCCUAUCCUGGUGCCCUUGUGCAGCCCAUAUGCUGGCAGCUUUUAUGUCCCAUCUGAAAACUGCAUGCAGCACGCAUACAAAUGGCAUAAGGACCUCUGUCGUCUUCUCUUGAAUGCUCAAAGAGGACUUCAUAUGUACUACACCCUCAUCAUGAAGGAGAUUCCUGAUUUACCACAGCUGAAGUUGGAGGAACUAUCUGUGGAAGAGACGUUAUCACAUCUUUGUAUGGAGCUGCAGCUGCUGAGCAAUCCGGAGAAGAUAGCAGAACAGAUAAGCAAGGACCUCUCCUGGCUUUGCUCCCACCUCCUGGCCCUGUGGACCCAGUUCCUGGAGGUGGCAACUCUCCAUCCAGAAGUCACAGCUUAUCUGACUCAGGAACAUCACAUGUUAAGGGUGAGGAGAUUCUCAGAAGCCUUCUUCUACACCGAACACCAGAAACUUGCUGUGCUCACAUUCCAGGAAGGCCUGAUCCAAAGCCAUGGACAGAUUUCUACAGAAAUUCGUAAUUCGGAGUACUUCACCAGCAUGCCCCCGCUUCCAGCAGAAUGCCUCGACAUAGAUGGGGACUGGAACACGCUCCCAGUUAUCUUUGAAGAUAGGUACAUGGAUACGCCUUGCAAAGAUCAGAAUUUGGAAGUUUUCCCAGAUUUUGAGGUUCCUGCAAACACCCAAAUGGAUGUAAUAGAUGACAAUGAAGAUUUUACAUCAAAUGAUGCCACUGCAGUAAUGAAAGGAGACUUUGGGAAAGGUACUCUGAUAAUACACACAGAUAGGAUAAAUGGGAAUCCCUCCUGCAUACGCAGUGGUACUGAAGGUGCUGCUUAUACAGCUGAGGGUUUAAACCAGCACUCCACGUCUCAGGUAUGUACAGUGAACAAAGGCAGCCAAAGGAAACCUGAAAAUAUUUUUGUUUCAAGUAAGGAAACUAAUUCUGACUCAGAUCUAGGCAAUACAGAAUGCACAUCAGAAGACUUUAAAGCAUCCGAGGAAGUUUUAUUAAAAGGCAAUAGACUUGUGGCAGAUGUUACAUACGAAGAUAUGAAACCUAGCAAUAAGGAUUCCCACAAAAGUGAGCCUGUGUUAAUUGUCAGUGCUCAGUAUGAGUGCGGAGCAUGUGGAACUGAUGGCUUAGAAAGCAGGACUGAAAUACAUAAAGCAGCCAAAUCUGGCCACCCCGAGAAUAAUUUUGCUUCAUCUGAGCUUGCACUGAAUGAAUUAACCAGUCUUGAAAAAACAGGAGAUCCAGACACCAAGACUCUGCUCCCUGUUUUGAAAGCUUUGCCCACCCACAGCUUUGAAGUGAAAUUGUUCACAAAGGAGCAACGAGGUGAGGAGUGUGAAGAAUUUACCCUGAUGUCAGGGGUUAUAAAAAGAUCCUCCUCUAUAAUAUCCGAUUCAGGCAUUGAAAGUGAACCAAGUUCAGUGGCAUGGUCUGAUGCUCGUAGCCGGGCACUGGAGCUGCCCGGUGAUCGAGAGAUCCUGCACCACUUGGUACGAAGACACGUCAUCCACCGAAAUUCCCUGGAGGGUGGCCAAACAGAAAGCAAUACGAGCUUGCCCAGUGGGAUCCAAGCGUCGCUCACAUCCAUUAGCUCUUUGCCCUUUGAGGAAGAGGAGAGGGAAGUGGAGCUUACCAAGCUGACCAAAUCUGUCUCUGCUCCUCAGAUCAGUAGUCCAGAAGAGCCUGGGGAGGAGGUCGAUAUAUCCAAACACAGUGAAGCAACCUCAGGAGAUUCAGGAGGAAAUUUAAAAAGUUGCACAGAAACACAGAGUGGAGAUGGGCAAUUAGUCGUGGACUUUUCUGAGUGUCAGAUAACCACUGGAAGUGGACAACUAGAAGGAAGAGGAUAUCCCAAACCCUCUGCCAAACACAGUAGCAGUAACAUUGAGUUACAAGGGGAGGAGGAGAAGGAAGGUUUUCCAGAGACUUACUGUAGUUUGGAAAGUGCAAGACUACCCGUUUGUCCAAAGCAGCUCAGAGAUAACGUCUCUGAAUGCCAGUCACUGGAGAGCAAUAGUGAGUGCAGCUUAAAAACACCAAGGGCUUGUAAUUACUUGGAGAAAAAUAUCGAUAAGUUUGAUACAUGCAUCGAGGAUCUAAAAGAUAAACUUAAGCCGGAUGGUUUAAAAAUACAACAAGGCUUUUACUCCAAUAGCAGAACUUCAGGAGAGGAGAGUUUCCCACAAAGCAUAAAGCUGGUACCAGAUUUUUGCUAUCCUGUUCCAGCUCCUUCAGAGACCUCAACUGAGUUUGGCUUAAUGCAAGGAGAGUGUGGAAGCUCUCUUGCUGAUGAGAGCCCGGCAGUGUAUGCAGAAAUGCAGGGGUUGCAAGAAAUUGAGCUCGACGACUCACCUGCCUCAGCAGACCCUGCUGCAGGAUCCUACCAGGCUGAAUAUCCUCAGAAACUCGAGAGCCGAGAGCAUAAACUUGUGGCUAAUGGCACCGGCUUUCAUUCAAUGACGACGGAGGGAGUAGCACUGGAAAGCAGAAAGGCUGUUGAUGUGGUUAAUCUGUCUGUCUCUUGCACAGCCACGUGUCUUCCCUUUUCUUCUGUGCUCAAAGAGACCCCUGCUAUGGUGGGCUUCUCUGCAAAGCAGGCUGCGUUCCCCAUCACACACCAGCCUCUGGGCUCUUUUGGAGUUGUCUCUUCCAGUUCAAAUGAGGAGGAUGAAGAGACCAAUGAAAGGAUGCUGAAUUUUUAUCAGGCCAAAGAAAAAUUUAAAAAAGAAAUGAAGAUUGAAGGAUUUCUGUACAGUGACGUAUCUGUACUAGCUUCUGAUAUCCCAUAUUUCCCACCAGAGGAAGAGGAAGAAAAUUUGGAAGAUGGAAUUCACCUGGUUGUCUGUGUCCAUGGACUGGAUG